GUGUAUUAGCAGCAAGAAGAUGAAUGAAAUCAUGUGUCCUCUUCCAGUAUCGCACUUACCAGGUGAUGGCAGGUCGAGGAGGACAGCCUCUGGGAUUCCUCCUGUGUGACACCAUGGGAUUGGAGGCAACUGCGAAUGGAGGGGUGAAAUCUGAAGAUAUAGUGAGCAUCCUGAAUGGCUACAUACCGGACGAUUACCAGUUCAACCCUGCAUCACCAUGGCAACCUGGUGCUGGUCAGACAGAGUUACAAAUUAAGGACAGGAUCCACUGUGUGGUGUAUGUGAUAGACAGCUCAACAUUAGGAAUUAUGGAUACAAAAAUGAAGAAGAAAGUUGAUGAAAUCCGAAAGAAAACUAGUUUUCAAGAUGUGCCUCUAAUGGUGCUACUGACCCAUGUGGACAGAGCGUGCCCGCAUGUGGAAAAGGACUUGAAGAAGGUGUAUCACAGCUGCUACAUAAAGGAUAUGAUCUACAGAGCUAGCGGGUGUCUGGGCAUCCGACCAUCAAAUGUGAUUCCAGUGAAGAAUUACCAUGAUGAGAGUGAGCUGAAUAAUACCUGUGACAUCCUGCUCCUCAAGGCCAUGAAGCAGAUGCUGGACUUUGCUGACAAUUACUUUGACAACUGUGAGGAAAACACGAAGUAGAUAAAUUUACCAUAUUGAGAGGUUGUGCCGUUGCCUCAAUCUGUCCAUGUCCCUGUGUUUUACGCCACAGGUUAGGUCCCUAUAAACCUGCAUUAGGCUGUUUUUGUACCUUUCCUGACACUCAAACCUUUUCAUAGCCUGGAUUUAUAAUUGUCUUUUCACUUGAGUAUGAA